AUGGCUGACUAUGGUAUGAUUUAUCCCACGAGAAAUGUGUUAUCACCAGAAAUGUGUUAUCACCAGGAAUGUGUGUGCGUGUGUGUGUUCUAUUCUGUUAAUCCUUUAGAUGACCGUGAGGUAUCAGAACAGUUGUUGAAGGGUCAAUCGGUGGGUAUGAUUUUGUUACGAUGUCAAGAUAUAUUACGUAAUUCUUCUAAGUCUAUGACAACAUAUGAUUUGCAACAAGCUUUAGCCGCAGGUUCGAAUCCAAGCAAGAUUUAUACAGGUCAAUAUUAUGUUCAGUUAUUUAGUGAUCCUAACUUUGUUUCAAUUCUAAGAAAGAAUAGUCGGAUUAAUUAUGACAAUCGAGAAAGAAAAUGGUCAUUCCGUUCACCAUAUGAAUCAUACAUUAAUGUCGAUUCAUUAGAGAAGGGUAUAAAUGAAUCCAUAAAUGGAUUAGAAAUAAAUCAGGAGCUAUUAGAUUCUAAUCCUAAAAUGUCGGAUUGGAUAAAUCAGUUGUUAGAAAAACAUAAAAUUAGAGCUAUACGAACAGGCAAGAUCGGUAAAUGUAAAUCAUUCAAUAAUGACUCAGGAUUUGUUUGUAGUAUCUACGAUAAUCGUGGUAAUAAAUGUGAUAAUUGUUCUGUUCUUAGAAACUUAACUUUGUAUAAUAAAGCUAGACCUUCAUCUGAUAAUCCGGACUAUGAAUGUCUUGAUGAAAAUUUUCACAUUGAUCAUGAUAUCAAGGAGAUAUGGAAUCAAAUCAAACUACCCGAGAUGAAAUCUAUUAUGGAAGAUAUGAGGAACAAAGAUAAAAUGAAAAAGCUUGAAGUGAAAAAACGCGUUCGACGACGAGGAGAAGACAACAGUGGCGGCGGUGCCUCCACCGGCCGUGUCAAUAAAAUCAGCAACGUCCAUAUUUACAGUCUAGACGAGUACAAGUCUGAGCUUCAGUCAUCCAACAAAGACUAA